UCCACCAUAUUGCGUGUUGCACAUUCUCCCAUUCAAAACAACACGAGUGACACGUCUUGUAUUAUUCUAUAGUCUUUGAGCGAAUUCGCAUUUUCAUUCAGUACGUCUGCUAUUUUGUUUUGUGCAGGUGUCUUAUGUAGGAUAAUUUCACAAAGCUAUAAAGUCAGACCAUGCUGUUUUUUUCUGUGAAUCUUGAAAUUAUACAAUCUAAUUUAAAUCAAAAACAACUGCUCAUGCUCAAAAUGAAGUGGUGCCUGCCCUGUAUACCAAAUGCCUACACAUAUUUUUUGUUUAAGGCCAGUUUGACCUGUUAUAGAACAAAUAAACAAAAAAUAAAUAAAUGGAAGAAAAGAAAAAAAAAAAGAAAAAAAAAUUGGCAACCAGUAUCAAAUUUGCCCCCCAAAAAUUGGAGAAAAAAAAAUAAUAAAAAAUAUUAAAUAAAACAUUAUUUUAAAAAAGUCUUUUCGCAGUAAAAAAAAAACAAAUGCAGUUUUCAAAUAGCAGUGUUUUUUUUCUUGCAAAUUAAUGUGUAGUUUGUAUGGUUAAUAUUAAUGUAACUGUCAGCUCACUAAGGUUUUAAAAAAAAAACAUUUGGUUAUAUUUUUUUCCCCAUCUGGCCCUCAACCUAAAUGAGUUUGAUACCCAUAUAGAGUAAAUGCUGUGUCUGAAGGGUUUUGAGAAGGAGGGUUUCAUAGUGUCAUGUGUGCAGUUCUAUCUUCAAGACCACAACGAGCUGCUUUCUGUCUCAGUGUGCCAAUGUGUUUUUUUAAAGUGUGGAAUUGAUCAAGAUGUACAAAGGACUUCUAUUUUUGAUGGUCAUAUGCAGUGUGACCGGGUUCAACAAUCAAAUAUCUCCAGUGAAGCAUUUCACAAAGGACGAUCCACUCUUUGGGAAAACCGCUAUUCAAUCAAAAGAUGGAGUUUUUGUUCCUUCCCCAACAAAUGGAAAACUUUUCAGCUGCACUCUAGAGGAUGAAUGCGUCAAAGUAAAUUUUAACGAUGAAAAACCUAAAGGCCUGAGACCAGUAGCAUCUGUAGCUUCUAUCCUGAUAUCAGAAGACCAUCUUGUGAUGUGUAAUCAGGUUCGCAUAAAAGAGUCAGUAACUGAGAAUCUGAAUGGAAAUUGCCAACUGAUGAAUCCCAUUGGGAAAGGCAAACUGAAUCCUGCUAAAUUAGUUUUAAAUCAAAUGGAGAAAAAACCCACCAGCAGCAACAACAACAACAACAACAACAACAACAACAAUAAUAAUCGAGGUGGAAGGAUCGACCAAGGUAAAUGGAGGAUGAGAAGAGACACCCAGCCAGACAGUGAAACCAAAACAGCUGAGAAUGAUGACAAUGCUGGGACAGAGAUUGCUUUUGUGCUGGACGGCUCUGGUAGCAUUCAACAUGAUGACUUUCAGAGAGCCAAAGAUUUCAUCUACAAUGUCAUGCUCAGUGUUUGGAAAGCAUGUUUCAAUUGUAACUUUGCGAUAGUGCAAUACGGCAGUAGGAUCAGGACAGAGCUCUCACUUCUAGACAAUAAGGAUCGUGUCAGAACCUUGCAAAAGGUCAAGGAAAUACAGCAAAUUUACAGUCUCACAAAGACUGCCUCGGCCAUCCAUCAUGUCCUCACAAAUAUUUUCAUCCCUGAGAAUGGAUCAAAAAAAACCUCAAAAAAAAUAAUAAUUGUAUUGUCUGAUGGGAAGAUUUUGGGAGACCCAAUGCAUCUUACUGAUGUUUUGAACAUGCCACAAAUGAAAGACGUCAUUCGCUAUUCCAUUGGGGUUGGUGAAGGUAUUCUGUCUAAUCCUGAAGCAAUAAAAGAGAUGAAGGACAUAGCAGAUCCUGAUAAGUAUUUCAGUGUUUCCAGUUAUGGCGGAUUAGAUGACAUUCUGUGCUCACUGGAACAAAAUUUAAUUGGGAUGAUAGAUGCUGGGACAGAGAUUGCUUUUGUGCUGGACGGCUCUGGUAGCAUUCAACAUGAUGACUUUCAGAGAGCCAAAGAUUUCAUCUACAAUGUCAUGUUAAAUGUUUGGAAAGCAUGUUUCAAUUUUAACUUUGCGAUAGUGCAAUACGGCAGUAGGAUCAGGACAGAGCUCUCACUUCUAGACAAUAAGGAUCGUGUCAGAACCUUGCAAAAGGUCAAGGAAAUACAGCAAAUUUACAAUCUCACAAAGACUGCCUCGGCCAUCCAUCAUGUCCUCACAAAUAUUUUCAUCCCUGAGAAUGGAUCAAAAAAAAACUCAAAAAAAAUAAUAAUUGUAUUGUCUGAUGGGAAGAUUUUGGGAGACCCAAUGCAUCUUACUGAUGUUUUGAACAUGCCACAAAUGAAAGACAUCAUUCGCUAUUCCAUUGGGGUUGGUGAAGGUAUUCUGUCUAAUCCUGAAGCAAUAAAAGAGAUGAAGGACAUAGCAGAUCCUGAUAAAUUUUUCAAUGUUUCCAAUUAUGCUGGAUUAGAUGACAUUUUUUCAUCGCUGCAACAAAGUUUAAUUGGAAUUAAAGAUAUAGAUGUGUCUGGUCAGGCUAAAUGUGCUCAUAGCUGUGCGAAUGUGCCGGGAUUGUUCCGUUGUGUGUGUAAUCUGGGGAUAGAGCUGGACUCUGAUGAGAAUCACCGCUACCGGCCCUCUGAUUUCCAUGAUGUGGAAAACACGGAUGGAAUUGAGGGAUCCAAGCUUAAAAAUGAAAAUUUCUGUAUAAAACGGAAUGUCACAUAAUUCGGCAAAUUUUUCAUGGCUACUAAACAGUGAUGAAUAUUCAGUUGGGGUGAUGAUUGUCUAUUUUUUUUUUUUUUUGUUAAUCUAGCCACUGUACCAAUUAAAAACCUAGGAUAGUUUUGAUUUACUUCUGAGUUUCUGAGAUUUUAGAGCCUGUCUAUAGAUAUUAUGUGUUAGAGAAAUAUUAUUUCUUAUGUGUAUUGAAUUAAUGCCACUGCUUAUACAUGAUUAAUUUUGUCAAUCUCACAUGAGUUACAAAGAUUUCCUUAUAACUUUUAAUGUUAUUGCUGGGGAUUUUAAUAUCCACAUAGAUAAUGCUGAAACCAAUACUGCAGAAGAAUUCAUAACUCUUCUAAAGACUUUUGGUGUAUGCAAAAUUAUUCGUAUUCAAAUGUAUUCAAUUUAUUCUUUUGAUUGUCUUUUAAUUAUUCCUUUUUAUGAAUCUUAUUACAAUUUUUUUUACAGUCAUUUUUACAGUCGCUAUAGGACACUAUUUCAAAACUCUUCAGUGAGCACAACAUCAGUCUAUGCAGGCUAAACUAUAAUUUUGUACUGUAUAAACAUGGACCAUGUAACAUACUGUAUACUGCAAUGAAUUAUAAACAGCAGAGAGUGUCGUUCUUGUUUUGUAAAGAAACUUUACAAAAGAAAACGUAUAAUUCUGCCUGUUGUUAGUGUUUUUUAGGUCAUUGUUUUAUGAGUGACAAAGUGUGUUUGUUGGGUGACAACAUAUCCUAGUGUUAUGAAAGAAUGAGUUGAUUUGAGACAUGUAUGAAGUGUUUUGGUAGUUUUAGUACAUUUUGAAUGUGAAAUUGACUGUUGUGCCAAGUGAAAAAUUGACCUAAGUAUUGAGAAAUGUGUCCUAUAGCGAUUGUAAAAAAAACUAAUCUUUUCUUUAUGAAUUAUAGUCAUUGAUAGCUAUCUAUUCAUUUAAACAUCAUUAAUUGCUAUAUUCCUUAUAUUUUGCAUUAAUGUUCUUUUACAUGUUUUUGAUUUCUUUAAUGAUUUAUAUAUUUUCUACUGUAUGUUCUGAUGUUCGAUUUAUUUUCAAAUGUAAGAUCUUUGGUGUCUCUUCUGUGCUGGAAGAUAGAGUGGGUGUAUUUUCCAUCAGAAUUGAUUACUGUUUCCAUCUCUGCAGACAUGAGAUAAAGAUCUGAGAUACUCUCUUAAAGGUG